CCAGUGUUUUUGGUCCCUCUUGAUUUAGCCUAAAAAAAGAACAACAAAAAACGAAACACCGAAAAACAAGAACAAAACCAGCUUUUUUUAGCAAUUAUUCUUGUAUUGGUAGCAACGACAAAUAUAAGGCCACGCGAUGAUAAGCUUUCUGUUCAUUGUAAACCGCGCGCUCAGCAGCAGCAGCAACACGGCAGCGACCUUGACAGGCAAGAAGAUGUCCGCCGCGGGACCACGCCCCCUCGUCCUCUGCGGCCCCUCUGGGUCCGGCAAGAGCACGCUCCUGAAACGCCUCUUUGCCGAUUUCCCCAAUACCUUUGGCUUUAGCAUCUCGCACACCACGCGGAAGCCGCGUCAAGGCGAGGAGCAUGCCGUCCACUACUAUUUCGUGGAACGUCCAGAAAUGGAGGCCGCCAUCGCCGGCAACGAGUUCAUCGAGACCGCCGAGUUCUCGGGGAAUCUGUAUGGAACCAGCAAGGCAGCCGUGCGGGAAAUUCAGGCCCAGGGCAGGGUCUGCAUUCUGGACAUCGAACAGAAGGGCGUGGAGCAGAUCCGACGAACGGAUCUCAAUCCGAUUCUCAUCUUCAACAAUCCACCUAGCAUCGAGGAGCUGGAGCGCAGACUACGGCUACGUGGCUCCGAGACGGAGGAGAGUCUGCGAAAGCGUUUGAACGCCGCCCAGGUGGAGCUGGACUACGGACUAACGGAGGGCAAUUUCCACAAGAUCAUCAACAAUGUGGACAUUGAUGUGGCCUACCAGGAGUUCCGCGACUUUGUGGUCAAGGAGCUCACAGAGCAGGCCAACCAGGGUGUGCCUGUCAUCCUGAACUAAGGAAAGGUGCAAGGAUAAAAGGACGACACUCCCAACCAGGGUGCAAUGAUAUUAACCUCAAAAGGGGACGCCGGGUCUAGGCAGUAGUUGUUACCAAGAUUUGUGGGUGGUAAGUAAGGGGGUUUUCUGAGGAGUUUCUGAAAGAGAUUUUAAACUGGAAACUACGGGUUGUGGUUUGUUUUUUUGAUAGGAAAAUGUAGUUUUUAUUUAUUUUUUAUGCAAAUAUUAAGCUUAGUGUAUUAGCUUAAUUUACCUUAACAGAAACCUUGCUAUUAGAAUUCAUGAAAAAAAUAUUUUUUGUUUUCUUUUAGAAUAUUUAUUUAAAGGUUCUUAACAUAUUAACGAAAUGGUUCUUUAAUUUCAUAUUUUCUGAAAGAAAAAGCUUUUCAUUUUUAAGUGUAAUCAAAUUCUUAAAACAAACCUCAUUCAAGACUCUUAAAAACUAAUUGAAAACCUAGUUUAUUUUUGAAAAUAGCUUUUAUAUUUUAUAAGAAAAUAAGACUUUAUUUAGUUCAAUUUAAUAAAAAGAGACUUUAAAAUAUUGUGUUCUUUUGGUUCUUUUAAAACCGCCAACAAAUCGAACUCUAUCCAUAGUUUCCAGUAAUAAAUAACUCUUGAAACUUCCCAUAAAUAAACCUACCUUAGGCCCACCACUUCUCCUGGGUGAUCCAUGCCAAUUGAAGGACCCGUUGCCCCUACCACC